CGCCAGCGACGAGUAGAAGAGGAGGCGGCAGUGUCAAAUUCUGGCGGACGCCAACAAGGUCGUUUGGCAGCGGGUAAACGGCGGAAGCGUCGCAGUGGGGAACCAACCAUGGCAGCCGUCGGAGCACAAGGUUCGGGCGAGGAGGAAGAGGGAGAAGGCAAUGCAUCGAAGGGAAAAGAACAGGAAGGCAAAGAUAGUGAGGGAGAUGGGGCUGAAGAGGAGGAGCAACAGAAACCAACUUCUGUUCGUCUUCGACUUUCUGCUUUGCAGCCGGAGACUGAUCGGUCAGAAGAUGGUUUGCGAUCGAACAUGGAGAAAUUGCUGAUGGAGUCCAAACUCGUGUCCGGAGUUGAAAGAAUUUUUGAAGACACCAUGCGGAAGACUGGUGAAGACAUCCAGGAAGCGGCGGAGGGGGAUAACCUUCUGCCGGUCAAGAACACUGUCAACGCAGACAAGGAAUAUCCCGAGACGGAUUCGGAUGUUGAAAGUGUCGACAGCUUUGAGGGUAACGUCAUCUUCUUCCCUUCUGAUGACGACGAUGAAGAUGAGGAUGAAAUAAACGUCUCUGCUGUUUAUUCGGAGCAAACGACGGCGAGUAUGAGGACUUCUCCGCCCAGGAUGAGAUUUAUUCGUUUGGAAGCGGAUGUCAGGUGGUAUCAGUGUUCUGUACGUUUUGGUGCCCGAAUACACCGUGACACGUGA